AUGACUAUUGCCGAUAGUGGUUCUGCAUCGAGUAGCAAUGUUACUGCUACUUCUGCAACAGCAUCAACAGCAAAUGAUCCAAGUAAACCCGUGUCGUCCUUAAAUUUGGAACCAAAUCCAUUUGAACAAAGUUUCGCUUCUACCAAGAAACCAUUCGAUUUACCGAUUGGUAAUACAAAUGGACUUGUAUCUGGAUCACCUUCCAGUCUUUUGAACCUCGCUAACCAACCAAGAACUAACAAUUCAAAUAGUUCUGCACCUCGAGGAUUCCAAAGAUCAAAUAAUAUUCCAAAUAUACCGUUAGGAUCCUCGAGUUCCACCACUCUAUUGUUCUCAGGACAACGUCCUGUGAUCCACUCGCCCCCUAUGUUGACUCCCGGUGGAUCUAAACGAUUACCACCUCUACUAUCGCCUAAUUUCAACCCACAACCUUCUUCUCAGCAAAGUCCCGAUGGUGGUGUCGGCUUAAUUUCAUCACUUAUGAAUAGUAAUAAUAAUAAUAAUAAUAGUAGUAGUAAUAGUAAUAGCGGUACUAAACUGAAUAGUGCAGGCGCUCCUAGCUUUUUAUCGUAUUUACCACGGACAGGCCUUACGCCAAACGAGUCCAGUAUUAGAUCAGGUUUGACUCCAGGUUCCUUGGGGGCUUCCUUCAAUUAUCCUUUGUUACCAGCUCUUUCUAGUUCUGGUGGGAAUAAUAACAAUAAUAGUAGAGUUAAUCAACCUUCUACCCCUGGGAUGUCUGCAAUUUUCAAUGGGGUAACAUCUUUAAGUUCAAAACAGGUGAAUUCAGGGAAUGUAACUACCAUUGACUCAGCUGGUAGUAGUGGAGCCAGUGGUAGUAUAUCGCCACACCCACAAUUUCCAUCAUCAAAUACUUUACCAAUGGGAGUAUUAAAGAAUGAACAACAGAACAAUAUGGCGACUCUUAGAAGUAAUGGUAAGAAGACAGCAGAGAAGGCUACCUCCAUAAAGAAAAAACGUGCCUCUACUAGUAGGAGUUCAACUACUAAGUCAAAGAAGAAAACUAAGACUAAUAAUGAAAAGGAUACGAUAUCAGGAUCUACGCAAGUAAAGAUAAAGAGGGAAUCGCUCUCUGAACCGAGCAAUGAGACAUCAAAAAUAUCUACAAGUAGCGAUAGUAAUAAUAAUAGUACUAUCAUGACUAUGGGUGAAGAUACUGAAGAACAAUUAAGCCCUGAACAGGAAGAACAAAAAAGGAAAGAGUUUUUAGAAAGAAAUCGUGUUGCUGCCUCCAAAUUCAGAAAGAGAAAGAAGGAAUAUAUUAAAAAGAUUGAAGAAGAUAUACAUUUCUAUGAAACAGAAUACAAUGAAAUGAGUAAGACUUUGUUUAAAUUACUCCCUCCUUCCACAAUGGCGGAUAACUCUAACUCUUAUAUUCUAUCGUUGGAAGAUGCUAUACGUAAAGGAGACAUGAAUAGUGCUUUAAAUCUGGUAUCACAUGUAAGACAAAUAAUUUCUUCCACAGGAGUAUACCAACGUAAUGGUACUAACCCAUUAGCUGAUGAAUUACAAGUAGUGAAGGAUCACAAGAAACAGAAUAGUCAAAGGAAAAACUCCUCGACUUCGUCACACUCUUCGAAGUCUACAACGACAACAACAACAAUAACAGCCACAAAGAGACAGUCUUUGCCUGUGUCAAUGACAUUUCAUACUACGAACGCUGGGCCUCAACAUACGCAUCAUGACAUAUCUACAGUUGUUACUACAGCUGGUGCCUCUUCUGGUGCAUUAAGCCCGUCCUCGAUACCAUCGUAUUUAACUGCAAUUAUACCGCCGGGAUCAGUUACAUCGGAUCCCCAGGAGGUAACUCAGGACCAACAUUCACAGGGUAACGACGAGACCCCCAAGUCAUAA